UUCCGCCACGUCAGCUGUGAAACUUCGGCAGGGUGACUCGACUAACCUCGGACGAUGAAUCCUGCCAUUUAUUCACGGACAUUCAAGGAAAACGACCCAACAUUAUACCAUUUUAUAUUAGUUAAUAUACAACAACUGGCGGAUCCAUAUAGAAUGCAAAAUAAGGUGUAGACUGGAUUAGGAAAUAAGAGGGACGAAAAGUUUUUCACCUUUUUCACGUCCUUCCUUUUCUACUUGUCCGCAUAAUAAAAACCAGCCAAGACAGUGCGAUCGAUCGAUCGAGAGAGUCGAGAGAGGGCGAUUGAGAUAGAGAUCGGAAAGGAUAGAGAUGGAGAGGGCCUUCUCAUUGGAAGCGAUCAUUGAAUCCUUCUGGGUUUCCUCCCCCAUACCCACGCCGUCGGGGAUUCCUCUGCAAGGAGGAGGAGGAGGAGCAGCUGGGGAAGGAGGCGUCAUCAACAUGAAUAAUGCCUCGGAGUGGUGUGUCGAUAAGUUCCUCGAGGUCGUCGACGGGUGCAAUGCUGAUCCAGCAGCGGCUUCCCCCCACGACCGUAACCUUAGCGUCAGUCGCAAUUAUGACACUAAUCUUGCCCCCAACUCCGGCGCUCCCUCCGCCUACGUGGUGGCGAACGUUUGCGGUAGUAGGGGAGACUUGGGACGAGUUGGGUACCAUGAGUUGGGGGAAAUGAAGGCACCUCUCACGCCACAGCCCUCAAAUCCUGCGGAAUUGAUUGACCCGGAGGAGCACCAGGCGCUUCUCAAGAAAAAGCUGGACAUUGUUUGUGCUGCCGUUGCCAUGUCUUGGGGUUCAAGUGUGAAUACGCAGGAGUAUGCUUCUGUUGCUGACAGUAGGUCCCCUAUUUCAGAUGUUACACGGCCUGGUUCUCAAGUGCACACAAAUGUUACCCAAGGGAAGCAGGCUACAAGCAAUUCAUCAGGGGAGCAGUUAGAUGAGGUUGAUGAACUUGAAGGAGAAGCAGAGACCAACAACAUUGGCCCUUCAGAUAAACGCAUGAGGAGAAUGCUUUCAAACAGAGAAUCAGCAAGACGAUCAAGGAGAAGAAAGCAAGCACAUAUGAGUGAGCUCGAAGCCCAGGUCAUUCAGAUUGUUAUUUAAAUCCCAUGUAUCUUCAUUUGUAUUAACUAUUAAUACAUACUUAUUUUGCAUUAGGUCUCACAAUUAAGAAUUGAACACUCAUCACUGUUGAAUCGUCUAACUGACAUUAAUAAGAAGUAUAGUGAUGCUUCGGUUAAUAAUAGAAUACUAAAAGCAGAUUUGGAGACUGUUAGAGCCAAGGUGAAAAUGGCAGAAGAAUCUUUAAAGAGGGCAACUGGGGUGAAGCCUUUAUACUCGGUCAUCUCUGACAUGUCAAGUAUCGAUUUUCCCUUCACUCCGAGCAUGUCUAAUCCAACCCCCAACAUGGCACUUCCUUUCCAAGAAGGGACGAAUCACUUCUUCCACGCCUCGAUGCAUGUCCAAGAUGUUCCUCAUGGGCCUGAGUUUUAGAGCCACGUGAAUCUUUUAAAAACAAAAGGAAAAGAAAAGA